CUGAUUUUGGAACUCAAUAAAAAAGAUAAACCUCAAACCAUCAUUCCAUCAUUCCAUCACCUCCUUCCUUUAUCUUCACCUUCAAAAAUUCCUCCCCAGCUGUGAACUUAUGGACCCAAAUUUGCCACGCCGGCUUCUGGCCACUGAGCCAGUGCCGGGGAACACCACGGCUAAUUCCUCGUAUUAUGUCGGGGAGAUGAACCUCGACGCUCACAUGGUGGUGAUUCUGGCGGCGCUCUUAUUUGCACUAAUUGGAGCUCUUGGUGUUAACUCUCUUGUACGCUGCGUUUUGAGCCUCGGCUUCCGGUUUCGUACGGAGAGGCCGGAGGAGACGGCGGCGCGUUUGGCGGCGAUUGGGCUUAAGAAGCGAGAACUUAGUCAGAUUCCGGUUGGGGUUUAUGGAAGUGAUUGUGCGAAAAUUAAGGGUACGGAUUGCGCGAUUUGCCUUGGGGAGUUUGAAGUGGGCGACAAGGUUAGAAUGUUGCCUAUUUGUAACCAUGGAUUCCACGUCAGAUGUAUUGACACGUGGCUGUUAUCUCACUCCUCUUGCCCCAACUGUCGCCAUUCGUUGCUGCUGCCACCGGUUAAAGGGAAACGAGACGGCGCUACUGUUUCGCCGCCGCAGGGCUCUGCUUCAAGCCACGUCGUUGUGGUCGUAGAGGGUGGUGGCAAUUAGCCAAGCCACGGACUGUUCUGAUUUUUCCGUUAGUUUUUAUUUUUUGGAAGAGCCUUUCUUUGUGGUCGGGAUUUUGUGUACAUACUCCAUAGACAACAAAACAUCGGAAGGAUUUUUUUUUA